GGGGGCGGGGCGGAGUCUCUGGGUCCGGCGGCGGUUUCCGGAGUAAGGUGAGGGGUCUGGCGGGGCCAUGUCGGGCCCGUCCCCUGUGCAGAUCCGAGAGGCGAACGCUCACCUGGCUGCCGUACACCGGCGGGCUGCGGAGCUGGAGGCGCGGCUCGGGGCGGCGGAGCGCACGGUGCGGGAGCAGGCGGAGAGUCUCAUCCGCAAGGACGAGCAGUUGCGUGGGGCGCUCCGGGAGCUGGGCCGGGCCAAGGACCGAGAGAUCGCAGAUCUUCAGGAAAAGCUCUUUUCUUCAGAGGGGACUGUCCAGAAGCUUCUGACUGUGAUUCAGGAGAAAGACGCCCUGAUCGUGCAGCUGAAGCAUCGCAGUGAGCUGUUGCACAAAAUCUGCCAGCGUCGGCCCCUGCUGGACAGCCUGUUGGCCUACAUGGCUGAAGGGGAGCAGCUUGGCCCUCUGGCUGGGUCAGGGCCGCCGAGUGCCAGCAGUUCCCCACUCCCUGAUGGUGCACCCGAGACUGAUGGACCUACCUGCCCACUCUCCAACAGUCAGGCCUUCUCUCUCAGUGAAGAUGAUCUAGAUGACAAGGACUUGGACCAAACUAUGUUUGGAACUACGGUGUGAGCUGUCCUGCCUCUUAGCCUCUCCCUUCCUCCAGGGGCUUCUUUCCAGUCCUUCUCCCUGUGGUGGUAGCCAUUAAAACCUGAGGGAUGAGGGUCCUCCAGGUCAUCCCUCAGAGAAGCAAUUCUGGGUCCGUUCCUGGCCCUGCCCCAGUGCGACACGGGACCUUGUAAACCCACCUGUCUUUCAGGAGAGGAGCCAUGGUCUAUAAAACUCUCCAGUUCUAGAUUCAGGAACAUAGUUUCCCCCUUCGCCCCCAGUCUCUCCUCUCCUUAAAAAGAUUCCUCUCUGCAGGACCUUCAAACUCAGGGUGAAUAUAGACUAGCAUCUCAACAAGGGAGGCACUGUCUUAGUAAGAGAGAAGUUUAAAGGAAAAACAUAGCUUGACUCUGGGGGGCAGUUUCUCUAAUUCCCAAUUGGGCUUGGGAGCCAGGUGGUCCUGUUUGGUAGUAGAAGGGUUUCUGGGUAUAACAGUACAGUGAAGGUUAUUGAUAGUGGACCUGACUUCUUGGGAGAACUGAGUCUCCAGUCAGUUAACACCAUCCUGGAGAAACCCCAGACUUGGAAAAGGUAAAAUCAACAUGUAGUUGGAAAGGGUAGAUAGAUUGGCAUUUCUGAAGAUCACAUUAUUCCAGAUCACUGAGGCUUAAAAGAAAAAACCCUGGGGCUCUUCUCCUUCCCCAUUCCCUCUGCUAGCUUCCUGUUCCUGUUAGCAGCCUUGACAGUGAUCCAUACUUUGAAAACAGUGCCAUCCCUAGAGGUAGCAGAGAAACUCCUCGAGGAAUUAGAAGGAGUUUCUUAUUUUGAAUAAUACAGUAGUGAUCUGGGACGCAAAGGUUUGCUCAUUUAAUAUGUAGCCUGUGUUCUAAGCCACUCACACUUUUCUAUCAGCUUUAAUAGGCAGUUUAAGUAUAUUUUAAAAUACUCUUUUUCAAAUACUACAUUUGUUCUUGAGUUUUUAAAAAUUCAAGUGGGAGUUGUUUUCCCAAGUGGCCCAACUAACCUCCAUUCAUAUCAGAUGGUUGGAAGGUUUGGCCAGGGCUUAUACUUCUUCACCUUCUAAUGUUGAGCCAGCUGGUUUCCUCAAGGCCUGUUACAGGGAAAACUUCUGGAUAAGAAAACAGUGGUUUCCAUGCUCUGCUGAAUGAUUCUCUGAUGUCAGGUGAUACUCAAUGGAGCAGAAUUCCAGCCUAAAAGAAGAAUUCGAAUCUUCAUUUGGAGUUGAUGGUACCAGGAUUUGACCUGGACACCUCUUUAGAAGAGCACAGACUAUGGAAUACAGACUGGGUGGAAGCUCUAUAUGCAGCUCUAUGUAGCCAACUAGAAAUCCUUUUUUAUAUCUAAUAGAUGUCUAUAUUUUACAUGUCUGUUUUCUAUGGGGUUAUUCUCAAACCGAGCUGUUAAAGGGAAAGUUCACCACUUGAGGAUAAACAUUUCACUUUUUAUAAAAGCAAGUAAAAGGA